AUGACCUUUACCAAUGUCACUGUCUUUACUGAAUUCUACCUGCUGGGAUUUCCAGGACUCCAUCCUCAGUAUUAUGGAGCUGUAGGAACCCUUUUGUUUUUUGUCUACUUGACACUGGCAGGAGGAAAUAUCUUUAUUAUUGCAUUCAUUGCUUAUGAGAGAAGCCUUCAGAAACCCACCUAUUUAAUCUUCUGUAAUCUUGCUGUGUGUGAUUUUGCUUUUGGAACUGUAACACUGCCUAAAGCCAUUGCAAAAUACCUAUUCAAUAGCAGUGACAUAUCAUUUUAUAGUUGCUUUGUGCAGAUGUUUUUUGUUCACUACUUAGGGAGUAUUAACUCUUUCCUAAUGUUAUUAAUGGCCAUUGAUCGGUUUGUUGCAGUGUGUAACCCACUGAGAUACUGUGUCCUUAUUACAAACAAAACAACUUUUAUGGCAUGUGCUGCAUUUUGGGCAAUCUGUAUAUCAUGGAUGUCAGUCAUUGUUUUUCAUGCCUUCGAUGAGCCCUACUGCAAUUCUAAUGUAAUAAAUCAAAAUUACUGUGACCAAAAUUCAAUAAUUAAACUGUCUUGUGGAGAUGUAAGGCAAAAACAUUUUUUUUCAUUUUCAUGUGCUAUGUUUGUUCUUUUGGGCCCAUUAAUAUUUAUUAUAUUUUCUUUCAUUGCCAUCAUCACAUCUGUUUUCAAAAUCUCAGACAUUCAGGCCCGAUAUAAAACAUUCUCAACUUGCACUCCUCAGCUUCUUAUCAUUUGUCUGUACUAUGUGCCCAGAUGUGUUGUUUAUGUGCAUGAUGUGACAAUUGCGAUCUCACCUGGCAUCCGGGUUAUGUUAACUAUGUGGUACAGUCUGCUCCCACCUGUUGUCAAUCCGAUGAUAUACUGCUUCAGAACCAAAGAGAUCAAAGAUGCAUUAAAGAAAAAAAUUAGAGAUAGGAAAGUGAGUAUGCUGAUAUGAAUGGAGAAUUUAUUUAUUUAUUUAUUUAAAAUUGCUUUACAAAUUUUUUUUUUUUUUUUAAAUAAAGAGUUCAGGAAAGAAACUCUAACCGAAUGCUGAUUGGCACCAGCCAAUCAGAAGUAUUUCCAAAUACACACAACCAUAUAUAUCGUACCCUAGCCUGCGAUCGACAAGCUGCGCCAUGUGAAAGCUCUGUUAUCCCUCCUCCUCCCCAGCGCCACCUGUAGAGAUCUGCUGCUGCUACCAUUCUUGCAGCAGCAGUUUUUUCUGUGUUUGUUAUAUUUGACUAAGCUAAACAAAUUAUUGUAUUUGCUCAGCAGCAGCAGCGUAGCAGAUCUUGUACGCCAAAAUCAAGCCAUGUAUAUUUCAUUGCCCAUGCCAAUAAAUGCUGGUUGAAUUUAAUCCACUCCGAGAGUUGUCAUGACUGAACUGCUUACACACAAAAACCACACACCAAAUCUGCAAAGCCAUUCACUAAUUCUCGGCCUUCGACUUCGGUUUUCAGUUUCAUGAAACACUUUUUGCAAAACACAACUCACAAUUCUCUAUGUAAGACCCAAAAUUCUAACAGGAAGUAUCUUAAUUUCCUUUUUCAAACACAACCAUUGUUUCUGUCCAACUAUACAUGGUUGAUGUAUUUCUUUUCUUUCGUACUGUGUAAUACUGUAUUCACAACCACAAAUGCUUACAGUAAAAAAAAUAAAUAGUUUGGUUUCAAUCUUGCUUUCGUGUUUACCAUGAAUUUUUAAUGGUAAACCAGUAAAAAUAGCUACUAAAUGUAUAAAAUAUGUGGUCCUGCCUCAGAGGUCUCAAACUUCUUGACACUUUCUAAUUAAAAAAAAAAAAAAAAAGAUAAUUUUGAUAUAAUGUGAACUGUAUGCAUCCUGUUAUUGUAGUAGCUGUAGCCAGUGUUGGGGGUAAUUACAAUGUAAUCAGGUUACUUAUUUGAGAUACUGAAUAACCAUUACAUGUUUAUUCACUCAUGAAUAACCAUGAGUGAAUAAACAUUACAUACAACUGAGGUGCUCUUGAGCAAGGCACCUAAUCCCCAGUCACUCCCCAAGCACUGCAGCAAAAAUGGCUGCCCACUGCUCCGGGACUGUGUUCACGGUGGUUCACUUGGAUGGGUGAAAUGCACAGCGCACAAAUUCCGAA